AGUCAACUGACCAGAUGGACGUGAUGGCCUUGACAUGGCCUUCGAAGAAUUUGAUAGUGCCCUUUGUCUCAAAGUCGAUGAUGCUGAUGCAGCCAUCUGAGCGGCCGACGGCGAUGAAGUGACCUGCAAAGAGGCCGCCAGAAUUGAAUUUGACGAUGCUCGCAUAGCUGUCGAGUGAGCAGUCUAUCGUCUCUGGAAAGCUCUGGGCGAAGGGAUCUGCCCGGCCUGCAUGAGAUGUGUGCUGCUAGAAGAUGGCAUUGGCUGACUGGUGAGCUCAAGAUUCAUCCAAGGUCGUCGACAAGCAGGCGCGCGCGCAUCACAAGCCGACCAGGACAGGACAGGACAGGACAUGGCGACAAGCUGAACUGCUCCGGCUAGAUGGAAGCAGAUCAUGGCCGGAGUAGCAGAGGCCGAGCAAGAUGAGGUCUACGAUGUCCGCUCGCUCAAGAGUCGCUUCGAGCAGCUCAGCCUCGCCAAACCGAGCCAGAGCACGCCGGCGACCGUACAGCCCGUCAGGCCGGCAAAUGGAUCAAGGACUUCUCUGCUCAGCUCCGGAUCGUCGGGCCAGUAUGGGACAGCUCCAUCACUGACACGGGAUGCUCAGACACUCAGCGACGAUGACGCUGCACUGUCUCGGCGGGGUAGCAAGGUCAGUUUGGCCUCGGCGCCAGACUUGCCAACUCGUCCGAGCCAGUCUGGCCAGAGCAGUCGAAGAGGGUCAUCCUCGGACCCGCUCUCACAGGUCGUCGCUCGCUCCUUGCCCCCGCCAGAGAGUAUGCCUGCCUGGCGACGCAAAGCACCGCCGCCGCCGCUCCCGCUCGAAAGGCCAUCGGUGCUGACGGUCUCCCCUGCUCGUUCGCUCUCGCUUGCCUCGUCCGACAAUGACUCGUAUGACGAGUCUGAACUGCCCAAGCCAAAGCUGAUCCGCACUCAUCGACUGUACGACGAACAGCAUUCGCCAGUGACCGAACGCAAGACCUACUUUGCCUCGCCCUCGUCAUCGCCAGGCGAGCCCACUGCCUUGGCCGAGCCGUCUCCCAAGCCAGUUGUGCCUCCGAGACCGACACAUACCCUCAUAGGAGCUUCUGCUGAAGAUCCGUUCGAUUCGAGACCGCUUACACCCUCGCAGGCUCCGCCCAAAGUGCCGCCGAGGCCAUCCCAGCAAGCGCUUGCCAAUGCACGCAGCGUCCAGACGGCAAACGGUCUCACAGCUCCGCCUGUCCCGCCUAGACCUCUCACGCCGCCAAGAACCGAGCCAGGCAUCACGUCGCUGGCAGGCCUGCCAGUGCCACCUUCGCGUACCGCAGCCGCUGCAGCGCUUGCGGUGCCCAUCAGACGUUCUCGAGCGAUGACGUCGUCAUCUUUUGCGAACGGCAACGACUCGGAGUCCGAUGAAAGCCCAGAAGCGGACGACGACUCGAGCGCGAAAGGCCGUGCCGACGAAUUGCCAGAAUCUGCAUUCGCUAAUCGCAGGCCGCCGGUGACGGACCCACCCCGGUCCUGUCAUUCGAAACAUCAGAUCUUAGCUUUCGCGGUGCAUGAUCGACUCGUUUGUGCGGCUGGACAGCACCAUCUCCGCGUCUAUGACUCGCUCUCGGGCUUCGAGCGAUAUUCGAUCGCUCUUGCAAGCAGCGAGCAUCGCAUCACAGCACUCUGUUUUCGCGCAGAGGCUAAUCCUCGCGAUUCACCUCGCAUUGUAUGGGCCGGGACGCGUGACGGUGUGCUCGCGGAGAUCGACAUACAGCAGGAUCGGGUCGUUCAACAUCGCUCAUCGCUUCAUACUGGGCGCAUCACAACUAUACAGCAGAUCGGCCGAAGUAUGGUCACCAUCGAUGAGUCUGGCAAAGUGCAAACUUUCACCAGCGACGUCGCUGCCGGCGAUCAGAGCACCUGCAGCAUUACAGACGUGCCGAGGACGCAGCGCAUACAUCUAUUUGACCAUCAGACUGCCGUCUUGCUCAUAGGUAACAAGAUCUGGACAGCUCAACCCCCGCCAAAAGGUGCACGCGGUCCCCUGAUACGCGUCUAUGAUCCUCUCGCCACUUCUGGCGCAUUUAGUCUCACGUCAAAGCCUGCAAUGACGACAGACACUUUUGCCUUUGUGGGCGCAGUAACGAGUGGCACGAUUGUGCCCAGGUAUGAUCAUGUCUACCUUGGCCACGAGACGGGGCAUGUCAGUGUCUGGUCGCAGCGUACGCUCGAGUGUCUCAAAGUCGUCAGAAUAUCCAAUUACCAAGUGACUGCGCUCUGUGGGGUGACCGACUUACUCUGGGCAGGCUUCCGAACUGGUUCGACUUACGUCUACGACCUGAGCAAGGAGCCCUGGAUCGUACGCAAAGUUUGGCGCGCCCACAGCGAAGGCGUCGUCAAGAUCAUUGCAGACCUAAGCGUCCUGCUCUCGAGAGGCGAACUACAUGUCGUCAGCGCGGGACUCGAUGGUUAUAUUCACUUUUGGGAUGGCUUUCUCAAGACAGACUGGACUGACGCGCGCCUAGACGCACGCAAAGAAGAGUACUGCACUUUCCGAGACAUCAGCGUCUUCAUCUCUUCCUGGAACGUCGACGCAAACAAGCCUCGCGAGCUCAAUCGCGAUGGCAAAGAUAUGACUUAUCUCCACGAUCUCCUUUCGUCGAGCGGCUCGCCUGAUCUCCUCGUCUUUGGCUUCCAAGAGAUGAUCGAUCUCGAGAGCAAGAAGCUGACGGCCAAGACGAUGCUCUUUGGUCGCAAGCGAGCGGAUUCGGUCUAUUCGGAUGCCGUCUCGCAUACCUAUCGUGCUUGGCACGAGACGCUCGCUCAGUCUGUUCGAAUGGCCAUGGAUCCUGCGCAGCCUUACGAGGUAUUGCAAGCUGAGAAUCUCGUCGGUCUGUUCACGUGCAUCUUUGUCAAGUCAUCCGAGCGGGCUGCCUUACGCGAUGUAGCGCUCACGAACGUCAAGACUGGCAUGGGCGGGCGAUAUGGUAAUAAAGGCGCGAUACUCGCAAGGCUUGUCGUUGACGACACUUCACUCUGUUUCAUCAACAUGCAUCUCGCGGCAGGUCAGCGACACCUUCGCCAGCGCAACAAAGACUUGGUCGACAUUCUGGAAGCAAAGUCAAGUUUUGCUGAGCACCCGGUUCAUGCACCAUAUGCCUACUAUGGAGGCGGUAGUGGUGUAAAUGUAUUCGACCACGAAGUCGUCUGGGCGCAAGGCGAUCUCAACUAUAGGAUAGACAUGCGGCGCGACGCAGUACUGGAAGCUAUCAAGCAAGGAGAUCUGGAAGCCCUGUGGGCGCAAGACCAGUUGCACAAACAGAUGAAGACAAAUCAGUCGUUCAGACUGCGUGCGUUUACAGAAGCAAAGAUAUCUUUCAAUCCGACGUACAAGUAUGAUCCCGGAACGGACGAAUACGACUCCUCCGAAAAGAAGAGGAUACCCGCCUGGUGCGACCGCAUUCUGUGGCGGGCCUCGCACAAAGGCCAAGUGACGCCGCUUAGCUACCAGCGUCACGAGGUCAAGAUUUCGGAUCACAGACCGAUUUCUGCCAGGUUCAUGGUCAAAGCGAAGCGGAUACAGCAUUCUCAGAGAGACGCUUUGCUGGCCGGCAUUAACGCAGAAUGGAAGACUGAGCAAGCCAGACUGGCGUCACUGGCUACAGAGACAUACUUCGGGCCGUAGAAGAGUGAUUGUACACCUUGUUGCAUGUUUUUCUACUUGUACUGCUCUCAUGUGUCGUCUACAAUCGAUGAUCUACCGUGUGCGCAGCGAAUCAGCCAACACUCGCAGCUGCUCUAAGAUGAGGAAGAUGGCCACGGUGUUUGGCCCGAGUCUAAUCCACGCCGGUGUCCACCCUCGAAAUACCCAGCCAGGCCCUUCCGCCUUGAAGGACUUUGCCACCACGCCCAGG